AGAGCACCGGGCAAGUAAAGACUAGUGGGUUACUUCCUUAUUCCUCCAUUUUGUACAGGUAAAUGGCGAGGCGACAUCUUGUGUCUGGAUUGUUAUCGACCAAUCAUCGUCGUCAUCACCAGUUGUCGAUUAUCAACGCCACAGACCCACUUUGACAACAACUUUUGUAUCUAUGCACGUGUACAGUCAGAUUCUCACACUGAGCGAUUGCACCAGUCUCUUUCCUGUCAACCAUGUCUCAUAAACAACCGUCUGCUCCACAACAGGGAAAGCCCCAGAAAGAAGAUGGACGAAAACGUUCUGAAGGCGGUGGCCGGGUCAAAGUUCACUUACACGCCGUGACCGAUGAACAGGCUGCGCUGCUUAGGGAUACAGUGAAUGCGCGUCCACUGGAGGAGGUCAAGAAGAAGACAGGCGCUGAUGUACACUUUGACCCCAACCCGUCACCUGUACCAGGUAUGAAGAUUGUCAUCAUCCGCGGUGUCACAUCUCAGAUCGAGUUGGUCGUCAGGCUCAUCAGGCAGAUGACUGGUAGUCAGGCAACACUCGCAGAAGAAGUUCAGACAUUCUGGCUCCAGUGGGUUGAGGCCGCGUACCCUGACCUCGAGUCUCGCGCCUACUUCCUGCCUCCUGUCUACUUCAACCGCGUGCCGAUGACCACAGAGACAGUUGCUGGUCAGGAUGUACAGGUACUACCGUCACAUUCCAAAGAGACAGUUGCUGGUCAGGAUUUUCAGGUAAAAUUGCCAGCACUAGAAGACACAGUUAGGUUGAAUUUUCUUAAAGAAAAACUUCGACGUGAAAUGACUGCUGCGGCUUUCAUUUCUGCACCUGCUGCUGUUCAGGACAGUGAUUUGAGAUAUGAUGCGGCCAUGAGGCAAGUUCUCUUCUGUCUUCAGAACUGGUCAAAAAAGACAGGAGAAGUGUUAGUUGGAAUCACACGACUCCGCUUCGGACAAUAUCUGACUGAACGUGGUUUUACUAUGGCGGCUGCCCAGUUACCCCGAGCCUCCAGCCUGCCUCCUGACUUGCCACAGACCUGGAAACAGGGAAACUUCGAUGGGCUUCUUAUUCACCGACAUUACGGUCUUGUCGUCUGCAAUGUGAUGUCGUACGGUGACAUUACAAACGACCAUAAAAUGUCACAGGAGGAUAUUGUCAAGAUCAGAAAAAAGCUGAAAGACGCCGUGUCACAGCUGGACAAGGCGGAGGCUAUGUUGUCUCACCUGGUGUCCGACAUCGCUCCCGGUCUGCGCAUCACUAAGACCAUCGCUUUCCCCAACCUCACAGCUCGUCAACUUCAACAGGCCAUCUCCGGCGACACCUACAUAGCUCAAUGGGUCUUCAGGCAUGACUACAUGUAUGGAGGUCGAAAGAUCCUUUAG